AUGUUCAAUAACAUCCACAGAGUCAGUACAGUGGUCAGUGGAUAUGCUUGGACAUUGAUUCUGUUAUUUUCUUCAUGGGACGUGUCUUCCGGUCAGAUUGUAUACUCCGUCGCGGAGGAGGUGAGCAUAGGAACUGUUGUUGGAAAUAUAGCAAAGGACUUGAAUAUCAAGGCACAAGAAUUUGAGAACCGAGUGUUUCAAUUGGUAUCCGGAUCUAACAAGAAGUAUUUCCAGAUAAAUGUAAAAAACGGAGAGUUGUUUGUCGUUGAUAGACUCGACAGAGAGGAGAUUUGUGGAAGGAAUACGAAGUGCUCUUUAAAAAUAGAAGCCGUGGCUCAAAAUCCUCACAGUCUGUACAGAAUUCAAAUAAACAUUUUGGAUGUAAAUGAUAACGCACCUACUUUUCCUGUCACUUCGCUUACCUUGAACAUCACCGAAAACGCUAAUCAAGGUGAAAGAUUCAGCCUUCCUAUUGCAGAGGACCCCGACACAGGAAGUAAUUUUCUUAAAGGCUACAGGCUGAGUCCCAAUGAAUAUUUCUCCUUGGAUACACAGAGUGAGGGGGGUCAUAGUCUAUCUGCCGAGUUAGUGUUACAGAAAGCUUUAGAUCGCGAAAGACAGCCAAUUAUAAAUCUUGUUUUAAGUGCGACGGAUGGGGGAAAGCCUCCUAAAUCUGGGAGUUUAGAUAUUCAAAUCGAUGUUUUGGAUAUUAAUGACAACUAUCCUGUUUUCAGUAAAACUCUUUACAAAGUGCAAAUACCUGAAAAUGUUUCUUUUGGAACAAAGAUAAUUUCCGUUACCGCAACAGAUGCAGAUGCAGGUGUAAACAGCGAUAUUAUGUAUUCAUUUGCUGGACAUGGAAAUUCGCAGAUUUAUGAUUUAUUCUCUAUAAAUCCUGACACAGGCGAAAUUCAGAUAAAUGGCCAGCUUGAUUUCGAGGAAAAUCCUGCAAUAGAAUUGCGUGUGGCGGCAAAAGAUAAAGGUUCCUCACCAAGGACUACGCAGUGUAAAGUUUUAGUGGAAGUUAUAGAUGUGAAUGAUAAUGUGCCUGAAAUAACAGUGACGCCUCUAUUGCAAAUGGUGAAAGAAGAUAUAAAGAUCGGGACAGCUGUCGCUUUAGUUGCAGUCUCUGAUAAAGAUGGAGGUAAAAAUGGAGAGAUUAAGUGCAUCAUUAAAGGCGACGUUCCUUUCAAAAUUGAGACUAAUUACGAAAAUUCAUAUUCUUUAGUUGUAGAUGGACCUUUAGACAGAGAGAAACACUCCCAAUACGAUCUCACUAUUGUAGCCACAGAUGGUGGCACCCCGCCUCUCUCUAGUACUAGUGAUUACACUAUUUAUGUGUCUGAUGUUAAUGACAACGCACCUCGAUUCCCGCAACCUCUAAUAACGGUUUAUAUAAAUGAAAACAGGCCAGUGGGGAGUCUUAUCACAGCAGUAACAGCUUCUGAUCCAGAUCUCGAUGAAAAUGCAAAGGUGUCUUAUUCUUUGGUUGACAGUAAAAGUAGUGAUACUCCUGUAUCCUCAUUUAUCAGCCUCAAUUCUCUCAGUGGUGAAAUAUUCAGCUUACAGUCAUUUAACUACGAGGAAAUGAAAAAGUUCACAUUCCAAGUACAGGCUACAGACUCUGGUGCCCCUGCAUUAAGUGACACUGUCACCGUGCAUGUUCUCAUCUUGGAUGAAAAUGACAACAGCCCUGUUAUUCUCCCGCCGUAUUCUGACCAAGGCUCCGUGAACUCUGAGAACAUCCCCUACUCUGCUGAAGCGGGCUACUUUGUGGCCAAGAUCAGGGCUGUGGACGCGGACUCUGGCUACAACGCACUGCUCUCUUAUCACAUCUCUGAACCCAAAGGCACGAACCUGUUCCGAAUUGGAACUAGCUCUGGAGAAAUACGAACUAAGAGACGAAUGAGUGACAGUGACUUCAAAACACACCCAUUAGUGAUAAUGGUGUCUGAUCACGGGGACCCCCCUCUCUCAGCUACGGUGUCUAUGGAAGUUGUGAUUGUGGAAAGUACAAGUGACACACAGACACCUUUUAAAGAGAAUCUACUCAAAGACGACAAUUUGUCUGAUCUAAAUAUGUACUUGCUCUUGGCCAUUGCGUCAGUAUCGGCCAUAUUCCUCAUCAGUCUCAUCACUUUAAUAGCAGUGAAAUGCCACAGGACUGAUGGUAUUUUCAGCAGCUGCAGCGCCCCCAUGAUCACCACUCACCCAGACGGGAGCUGGUCUUACUCUAAAACUACUCAGCAGUAUGACGUGUGUUUUAGCUCAGACACACUCAAGAGUGACGUGGUGGUUUUCCCAUCACCGUUUCCGCCCGCAGACGCGGAGCUCAUCAGCAUUGAUGGAGACACUUGUAAACGGACACAGACUCUUCCCAGUACUACAAAGGUAAAGUGCUGUUUACUAUUACACAACUAA